GCGCUGCAAGGGCUGCAGUACGCCGAUGACCACCCCCUCAUCGUCGCCGCCAAGGCCGAACUCGCCGACCUGGAGAUCGCUGAGAGGCAGGCGCAGCCGCCCGACGUCGUCCUCCGCGAGCUGCAGGCCAAGCUCACGGAUGCUCGAGAGCGACGGGCCAAGUCGGGUACCCACCUCAUCGAGGCUGAGGAGCGCGUCGCCACUUUGCACAAGCUGCAGACCACGAUCGACGGCGAGAUCGAAGUGUUGGAGCAGGAGGCCGCCCAGGCCACUCGCGCCGUGGCAGCGGUUGCGGCGGGCCCCAGCGGAGUGGACCUGCAGGGCUUGGCCACCACGCUGUGCGGCCUGCAGACGUUGCUCAGCGUGGCCCCCACCCAGGUGCAGAACGGCCAGGGGAUCGCGCUCCUCGAGUCGAUCAACGCGCAGGUCCAGGCCAUGGGCAUGGCCUUCCCUGCUGCGCAGGCCCUGCAGGCCGCAGCCACAGGGGUGGCACCCGACGCUGCUGGCCAGCACGCGGAGGCCACCUCCGCGACCUCCGCAGCACCAGCGGCCGCCGCCCCCGCCCAGGAGCGGCAGCUGCAGCUUGGGAGAACGCAGGCCAGAUGUGAGCAGCGGGGCAGACGCCGCGCAGCCAGGAAGAACGUGGUGCUGGUCACCUACAACAGAGGGUUGGUAUUGGUUGCUGCCUACUUCGAAGUGGGAAAGUGGGCUGCUGGGGUCAAUGCGGCGCGCCUCUUCGACAUUGCCACGGCGCUGCGCUGGUGGAACAGGCCAGUUCCAGGGUGGCCUGCGGCGCCCCACUACCCCAUGCAGGUGUCUCUCGAUGCGCGCGCCAUGGCCGUCAAGUUCCCGGCGCUGUCGGGCCCCAAGGCUUUCCCGAAGGCAGCGCCCGACGAAGACGGCAUUCCUGUGGCGGCAGUCGACCACCAGGGCACCAUCGAGGCAGACGCGGCACGGGGAGGGGAGGCCACUGCUGUGCAGGCGCAGGUUCGUUUGGACUCCCUCUACGCCACCUUCAUGGACGCCGCGGAGGACGAGCUGCUCGCGAGGUACUGCAUCGACACGGACG